AUGGAACGCGCUACACGGGCGUUGCCUCGUGGCAUCUUCGCCGCGAGCAUGUCCUUCUUAGACAAGACAACCGAACACAUCGAUACGCAAACUCAGCGUCAACACACUAUCCGCCUCUCUGAAACGGGGAUCGCUGGUUUUGUGGUCAUGGGUUCCAACAGCGAGGCACCUCACCUUUCUAUCGAGGAGCGGAAUACCAUCAUCCGUGAAACCCGCAGUGCCCUCGACAGCAUUGGAAAGCAGCAGACUCCUAUCAUUGCCGGCUGCUCCGAACACUCCGUUCGAGGAACCGUUCAUCUCUGCAACGAGGCCAGCCGAGCUGGUAGUGGCUACGCCCUCGUUCUACCGCCGUCCUACUUCAGUAAAGGCAUGAGCCCUGAAGUCAUUGAGAGUUUCUUUACCGACGUCGCGGAUCACUCCCCGGUUCCGAUUAUUCUCUAUAGCUUUCCUGCCGUAUCUGCUGGCAUCGAGAUGGACUCGGGCCUUCUAAGCCGCAUCUCCCAGCACCCCAACAUUGCGGGGACGAAGUUCACCUGUGGUGAUACUGGUAAACUAAGUCGCGUCUCCGCGGCGAUGAAGUCCCGCCAGUCUUACGCCCUCUUUGGUGGCUUGGCAGACUUCAUCCUUCCUGCUCUUGUUGCAGGUGCCACUGGUGUCAUUGCAGGCGGUGCAAACGUUACCCCGCGGACCUGCGUUCAAGUUUUCGAUUUGUGGCAAGAGGGCCUAGUGGAGGAAGCGAGAGAGAUGCAGGCCAUUCUGGCUAAAGGCGACUGGGAACAUACCGCGCGAGGGAUAUCGGGUACAAAAGCCGCGCUGAACGAGCUGCUCGGCUACGGAGGCAGCCCCCGACGGCCUUUGAAAACAUUGUCUGAAGCUUCCCUGUCGGAGAUGCGGGCUGUUUUUGGGAAUUAA